AUGUACUUAUCGAAUGCAUCCUCCUCUAGUGGGAAAUUUUAGAGUACUAAACAACAGCAACAGGAAUCCAUUAAGGUCAAAGAAUAACAGGAUUAAACUAUUAAUUCUGAAGGGGAUCUGGAAUCUGAAUUUAAUCAAGAUGAAGCAUUUUAGAGAUAGCAACACUUUCAGAAGAACUAGAAAUUCGAAGCAUCUGAAUAGGAGGUCGUAUCUAUUGAAGUGAAAAAGGAAAUGGUUUAGGUAGAGCAGUUGAAUACUGAAAUGCAAGAGGAGAAACCUUUAACUUUGAAUUUCGUGAAUAUGCCAUCUAAUCAGAGGAAUAAUCUUCAGACUUAUAAAUCAUCAAAUAGGAAGCUUGUUCCGAUAAAUCAGCAUAGUUUAAGUUAAUCAAUGAUAUCAAAUAUGACUGUCAAUAACAAAGGAGCAGGGUUUCGUAAAAUAAAUGCGUUCUAUUAUGAUAGAAUUGGAGAUCAAUUGAGUUUGAUAUUCAUGGAGAACAAGAAUAUAAUCAAGUUUCUAGCAAGAGAGACAGUAAUUCCUCUUCUGAUUGCAUUUGUGGUGGAAGUGUUGAUUUUGGUGGUGUAAAAUGAGAUUGGGGAAUUCUGCUUUAUUGAUGGAAUUGAUUGUUCUAGUUAUUGGGUUAGAUUAUGGUCAUUUGUCAAAUAAUAGAUUGUAAGAUUAUCAUUAAUAAUAAACAGCUUUUUAAAUUAGGGAUUGUAUUUUGCAAAGGUCAUAUAUUGUACAAAUUGGUAUUAGGAAAUAAGUUAAUACAGGUCAAGAAUGGGAGACCUUUGAUGGAAUACUUUGUAUUAAUCUUAAUGGCAGUAUUGACAGAUUUUAUAAUGAUAUUUUGGGUUGGAUUCAAUGAAGAUUGGCUGUUUAUAGUUUAUAUCUAUAUAAUUGGAUUUGUUGUGUUUUUCAAUACGUUUAGAAUGAAGACAUGGCCAAGUUAGCUUUUAAAAGGCUUAAGCUAUUUCUUGUAUGAUAUCACAAUAAUUGGACUGUUGUUGAUUUGUUUUAAACUACUGCCUUCAAUAAAAGAGUCGUUGAGAGAUCACAAUCCUGUGGCUUGGAAUGAAUAUUAUAUGUUCAUAUAUGCCUUUUUGGAUUUAGGAAUGGAGAUCAUAAUGGAUUUAACGUUGUCCUUAACCAAAUUCAGUGAAUUAUAUAUUUACUAAGGUUAAUUGUUGAUAAUAGGUACAAGGAUUGGAACAUUGAUUUAAGGAGACAUGGCUAGAUUUGAUUUUUGGUUUUGCUUGUUCUUCUUGAUAAUGUUUAGGAUCAAUAACAUAUCAAUAGUGUUUACUGUAUUCUUUAGACGAUUAAUUUAUUAUGCAAGUCCGAAUAGUUUGAAACCAUAUGUAUCUAUGGAAGAGACAAAUCUAACUAGGAAGGGUAAGAAUGGAGCAUGUUGGGAACAUUUAUUUUGGAUCAUCUAUUUCUAUAUGUUCAUAAUCUCAGGAAGAACCUUCACCAACUGGGUUUUUGACAAAUCCUAUAUUUCGAAUGGGAAAUUCGAGACAAACAUAUGGGAUGGAUAUGAGAAAUCAAAUUAUAUGCCCAUUAUUGUAUGGGCAUUUCUGUUGAUACCCGAAUAUGUUGGAUAUAGAUUAAAUAAAUCUAAGAAUUAUGAUAAUAUAAAAUUGUUGGGUGGCAACAAAUUGAAGUUUUAUGAGAACCUAUUCAUAAGAAUAUUUGGAGUAUAUUUAUUCAACUUUGCAUUGAUGAGUAAUUUAAUUUGA